GCUGCCCGGCCCGCUGGUCAGCGAGCCCGAGCCGCCCGCGGCCCCGCGGCGCGGAGAUGAGCAGGUCCGUGGCGCUGCUGCUCUGCUUGCUGGGCUGCCACGUCUGGAAGGCGGUCACCAAGACGCUGCGGGAGCCCGGCGCCGGAGCCCAAGAAGUCACACUGAAGGUGCACAUCAGCGACGCCAGUACCCACCAGCCCAUCGCAGAUGCGCUUAUUGAGAUCUUUGCCAACCAGGUCUCCAUUGCCUCUGGCACAUCAGGGACAGAUGGUGUCGCUUUUGUCAAGUUCCAGUACAAGCUGGGCAGUCAGUUAAUCGUCACCGCCACAAAGCAUGCCUAUGUGCCAAACUCUGCCCCGUGGAAGCCAAUCCGAUUACCUGUAUUUUCUUCGCUAAGCCUUGGCCUGCUUCCAGAACGAUCUGCUACUCUAAUGGUCUAUGAAGAUGUUGUCCAAAUAGUAUCAGGAUUUCAAGGUGCCCGGCCACAGCCUCGCGUUCAUUUCCAGAGAAGGGCCCUGAGGUUGCCUGAGAACACCAGCUACAGCGACCUGACCGCUUUCCUCACGGCUGCCAGUUCUCCCUCGGAGGUGGACAGUUUUCCUUACUUGCGAGGACUAGAUGGAAAUGGAACAGGAAACAGCACCAGGUAUGACCUGACCCCUGUCACAGCUGUCAGCGUCCACUUGCUCAGCAGCAAUGGAACCCCGGUGCUGGUGGACGGUCCCAUCUAUGUCACCGUGCCGCUGGCCACCCAGAGCAGUCUGAGGCACAAUGCCUACAUUGCAGCAUGGCGGUUUGACCAGAAGCUGGGAACGUGGCUGAAGAGCGGUCUAGGCCUCGUGCACCAGGAAGGCAGCCAGCUAACGUGGACGUACAUUGCCCCCCAGCUGGGGUACUGGGUGGCAGCCAUGUCUCCUCCCAUCCCAGGUCCCGUUGUAACACAGGACAUUACCACGUAUCACACCGUGUUUCUUUUGGCCAUUUUAGGAGGAAUGGCUUUCAUACUUUUGGUUUUGCUGUGUCUCCUUUUAUAUUAUUGCAGGAGGAAGUGCUUGAAACCCCGUCAGCACCACAGAAAACUGCAGCUUCCGGCAGCCCUCGAGAGUUCCAAAAGAGAUCAGUCCACUUCCAUGUCGCACAUCAACUUGCUGUUCUCUCGUCGGGCGUCAGAAUUCCCUGGCCCUCUGUCCGUUGCCAGUCAUAGCCGCCCAGAGGCCCCAGGGACCAAGGAGCUGAUGAGUGGGGUCCACUUAGAAAUGAUGUCCCCCAGCGGAGAGGGGGACCUGCACACACCCAUGCUGAAGCUCUCUUACAGUACCUCACAAGAAUUUAGCUCCCGGGAAGAACUGCUCUCCCACAAGGAAGAAGAUAAAAGCCAAACCUCCUUUGAUAACUUGACUCCAAGUGGGACACUGGGCAAAGACUACCAUAAGUCAGUGGAAAUUUUUCCCUUAAAGGCAAGAAAAUCUAUGGAAAGAGAAGGCUACGAGUCCCCCGGCCACAAUGACUACAGGGGCAGUUAUAAUACUACACUAUCCCAGCCUUUAUUUGAAAAGCAGGACCGAGAAGGCCCAGCAUCCGCAGGAAGCAAACUCACCAUUCAGGAACAUAUGUACCCUGCGCCUUCAUCUCCUGAAAAAGAGCAACUGCUGGACCGCAGACCUACUGAAUGUAUGAUGUCGCGAUCCGUGGAUCACCUGGAGAGACCCACGUCUUUCCCGAGGCCGGGCCAGUUGAUCUGCUGUAGUUCUGUGGACCAGGUCAAUGACAGCGUUUACAGAAAAGUGUUACCUGCCUUGGUCAUCCCUGCCCAUUAUAUGAAACUCCCAGGGGACCAUUCCUAUGUCAGUCAGCCUCUGGUUGUCCCAGCGGACCAGCAGCUGGAAAUUGGAAGACUUCAGGCUGAGCUCUCCAACCCCCACGCAGGGAUCUUCCCACACCCGUCCUCUCAGAUGCAGGGCCAGCCCUUGUCUUCCCAGGCCAUCUCUCAGCAGCACCUGCAGGAGGCAGGCACGCGGGAAUGGAGCCCUCAGAACACAUCCAUGUCAGAGUCUCUGUCCAUCCCAGCAUCCUUGAAUGAUGCGGCUCUGGCUCAAAUGAACAGCGAGGUGCAGCUCCUGACAGAAAAGGCUCUGAUGGAACUUGGAGGUGGGAAGCCACUUCCACACCCCCGGGCGUGGUUUGUGUCCCUGGACGGAAGGUCCAAUGCUCAUGUUAGACAUUCAUACAUUGAUCUCCAAAGAGCUGGAAGGAACGGAAGUAAYGACGCCAGUUUGGACUCUGGUGUGGAUAUGAAUGAACCAAAAUCUGCCCGCAAGGGAAGGGGAGACCCUUUGUCUCUCCAGCAGAGCCACCCACCUGUCCAGGAGCACCAGCAGAAAGAACCCAGGGCCCCAGACAGCGCUGCCUACACGCAGCUGGUGUACUUGGAUGACAUGGACCCAAGCGGCAGCGAGUGUGGGACCACAGUCUGCACCCCCGAGGACAGUGCGCUGCGAUGUUUGUUGGAAGGCUCGGGUCGGAGAAGUGGUGGACAGCUGCCCAGCCUGCAGGAAGAGACGACCAAACGAACUGCAGAUGUCCCCCCGGAGCCAUUAGCCAGUCCCCACCAGAGAAGAUCUGCUCAUGACGACGAAGACGAUGACGAUGAUGACGACGACCAAGGAGAAGACAAGAAGAGCCCCUGGCAGAAACGGGAGGAGAGACCCCUGAUGGCAUUUAACAUUAAGUGAACUGUCACAGAGCCACCCAACCGUGGGAUAUAACCUUGCCAAAUAUCCUUUCUUACUGAAGCGCAUACCUGUUUGUGGAGGAGCCGAAGAAGGGCUACCGCAGGAGUGGACGUCCGCUGCGUGGGCAUUGCCCUGUCAAUGGUAGAAGGGAGUUAAAGUUAUUUCUCGGAAUAAAGGAUGACUCUGGUAGAUGCUGCACCUCCAGGGAGGUGGCUGGGAGAAGUGUCUGAACGUCGUUCCACAGACUUGACCUGUCCACCCACCAGGGAUGCUGCAAAACCGCCCGUGAUGUUGCUACACUCCAAGGAUCACCUCAGUUUUCCCUCGGAUUCUGGGAACAGAUGAAACUCUUUUUGCAUUGCUUGAAUCCAUUUUCUCACGAUAAUGCUACUGUGAAGCUAUUCUUGAGAAAUGAGGGUGGCACUCUGUGUCCCAAGGUAGGCAUUAUCUCCAAGGAAAGCUAUGCAUUGCUGCUUUGUUUCUUAUUUUGCUUAGAUUUUGCUUUGGUUAGGGCUUGUUUGGGGAUUUGCUUCUUCUCUCUCUAUUUUUCUUUUCAAUACAAUUUGGUUGUAAAAAUUGCAUUCCCUCAUUUUAAUCUGUUCUACUUCUCAGUGGUUUGUUUUUGGUGUCUCCCUUCAGGAACUCCUGAGUGUCAUCUUUUAACAUCCAAGCCUUUUAAUGAAAUCGUACUGAAACUUUUAUCAGCUAAGAGUCUUUCAAUUCUGGUCCCAUUAACUCCAAGUGCCUUUUUUACAGUGACAACAGACAGUCCCUCAGUUUUUUGGUUUUUCUUAAUCCCUUUAAUUGAACUGCCUGGAUUUUAUAUAAAGUUAUUAAAUGAUAUCCCUUUUCUUUAAACUGCAUGCUGCCAAGUGCCAUUUGUGCUCAGCAUUCUCAUUUCAGCUCAGUGUACUCUCUAGUUACCCUGUGUAAUGUGGGUUCUGUUUAGCUAAGAUAGACUAGAGGACACUUUAGAGAUGCCCUUCCCUACCCCAUCCCUUUGGCCAUAAGCCACCGUUAUGGUUUUAUUGGCUGUUUGUAUAUACGGUUGGUUGCAUAUUAACUCUGGAAUCCUAUGGGCUGAUCUUGCUCGGCAAACGUGAGAGUAUGGACUGAGCAAGGGGACUGAAUGUGACUAUUAAAAAAAAAAACUUAUGUACUAUCCAAAAGUGCCAGAAUGACUCUUCUGUGCAUUCUCUCUAAAGAGCUGCUUAGUUAUCCAAAAAUGAAAAUUCAAAAUAAACUCAGAAGAAAA